AUGUCAGACUCUCCACCUCAGUCGCCUUCGCAGCAACAUGCCAAUGUCCACGCCUAUGCCAGCAAUGGCCUCGAGAUGCUACAAGCCGCCAGCGAUGCCGCCCAGCAAGCUCUCACCACCCAGCAAACACAGGCGCUGCAAAAUGCGACUGCCGAAUCCGUUGCGCAACCCAAUGUGAGCACCGCCGCCGCCGCCGUGGCCGCUGCCGCAUCUUCGGCCGUCAACCCAUACCCUCAACACCACAGUGCCGACCUGUCCUCCGUCCAGCUUGUCCAGGGCGCAGGCCUCGUCGGAAAUGGCGCUGCCAUGAUGCGCGACCCUACGGUUAACCCCAAGCUCACACGACUUCGACGCGCCUGCGACAUGUGUAGUAUGCGCAAGGUGAAAUGCGACGAUACCAAUAUCCCAUGCAAGCCCUGCCGGGAUCUUGGCGUGGAUUGUACGUACCACCGCGAAACGAAGCGACGCGGCCCCCCAAAUAAGCAUGCCGAAGCUGCCAAAGCCGCAAAGCGAACUCGGAUCGAACCAUUGCCUCCGGUCUUCCCAUCGUCUCCUGCGCCGUCCAAUGCAGCAAAGACUUUGCUCACUUUCUCGAACGAGGGUGUGUUGGACGCUGAAAGCAUCGCUCCUAUGCCUGUGCUAGAGCUACUCGUCGAUGACUUCUUCACUUUCAUACACCCACUCGCUCCCUUCCCACACGAACCCACCUUCCGCCAAUCCUUUGCCAAUCGAGAAGAUCGCACAAGACCCGAGUUUCUCAGUCUGCUUGCCAGCAUGAUUGCAGCCCUUGUGGCCUCAUUUCCUCGAUGUGUGCGAGAACAUCUCAAAGCGCAACACAGUACACAUCUCUUUCCUAAAUCCAUUGUGAUGAUUGAGAGGUGCUGUGAAAUUGCUCUUCAAGCGCGAGGCAGUCAAUGGCCAUUGAAGCAACCAAAGACUCUCGACGAUGCUUCUACAAGCUACUUUCUUGGUUUAUCAUAUGCCUACACGCAUCAACACAAUGCUUCGCGCCACUUCAUGUCCGAGACCCUCACGUUGAUUCGAGAGCUUGGGUUCACGCGACCAAAGAUUGCGGGCGAACCUCCAACCUUCGGAAAUGACCCCUACUCGCCCGAUCCCCUCCCAUUCAACCAUGUUAAGGAUCAGAUUGGGAAACGGUUGUUCUGGUGCUUGCUCUUGGGCAUUCGUUCAUUCUCUCAGCUUGGAGGGAUUGGAGGAUCACAGUCCGAUACGGUCAUAGCGCCAUCCACCCCAAGUCUGCCAUAUCCUACGUACCCAGAAAACAUUGACGACAUUUAUAUUGUUGCCAAUCAGAUCAACGAUCAAUCGGAGGGCAGUGUUUCACUACUCACAGGGUUCAGAUUUGGGAUUGACAUUUACACAACAAUGAACGGGGUGGUUAGUCUCGAGCUGGCUUACGGCAUGAGCACCUUACCAUGGUCCGACCAAAGAAUGCUUCUGCGAGAGGGCCUUCUUGCUGUGAAGAGCAUUAUUGGCAAUUUGCCGCCCGAGCUUCAACUGGGCGCACCCGGCGAAGUCGAUCCAAUGGAGGCUUUCGAGGAUUCAACAGUACAGUAUGUACCACCUCUGUGGCCUAAUGCUCAGCCUCCCCACGACAUAAGAAUUGCAUUCAAAACCCAACCGCACCGACGCCGUCAAUUACAGUAUGAGAUUCAGAAAGCCAACAUUUUCGUGUCCGAACUAGCAACCCGGUCAUAUUUUGUUGAGCUCUAUUUUGACCUGCGUGAUGUACACCUCGCUGAUCACCAAAAUACUGUGACGCCUCAGACUCAGGAGGAGAAGGAGGCGGAAGAGAAUGAGGACAAACAAAUCUUUGAAUUAAUGUCAACCGAACGGGAAUUGAUCGUGCAAGACCUGUUGACUGUAUUAGGCUCAAUCUCCCAACGCAAUCUUGAGCCUAAUGGAGGCUCAAUCAUCAACAAGAUUCGCCAGGUUGCGUCAACGCUUCUCAAUGACGCGCCAGAACGCAAGGGUCCAUUUGCAAUCAAAUCUGAAGAGGCCCUGUCACAACUCAUUGGCGUGCUAAUCAAGCUGGAAAGGACAGGCCCCGUCGCCAAUAGAUCCGCAGAGCCAUUACAGAUGACGGCACAGGAUGAAGAGGAGGAGCUAAAUCACUGGUCUGAUCUCCGGGAUUACCAACUCCGCUUCGCUGCACACGGCGGCUUCACGGGAAACAUGUUGUCUGUUAGGGAAGAUACGGAAGUAUGA